UACACAUUGGAAUUAUAUCAUUGUAGAAUUUAUAAAUAACCCCAAAAAACAUCCACCUUUUAAUUAUCAGGAACACAGUUUAGUAGCAGUACUAAUUAAAAUAAUCGACUCACGUCCACUGAAACUGAUUUUACGACAAGGCUCGGGGCUUUAAAGGGGUGUGAAGAAAUUAAUGUCCCUGAAAGCCAAUGAUUUCUGUUCCUGCUGCUGUUUGUUUUUCUCGAUCACCAACCAGAAGUCGUUCACCAUCCUUUUCAUUUAACACCACGACGCCAUAAAGUCACUACGGGGCCCCUUGGACACAUUUAAAGUCCCUGUAGGAGUGUUGCAGUGAUUUGAAGGCCUGUGGGUCAUCGGUCAUUGGUCCACAGGACCCUCAAGCAUCUCAAGACUCAAGCAGCCGCCUCCUUCUCUGCCACAAAAACGCCACACACACCAUUCAACCCGGAGACUGAGCGGACUGCAGAGAGACUCUGCUCAGGAGCAGGCGGAGAAAAAAAGGGAAAACUUUUGGUCAGGAGUGCAUCAAGAGUCUGAUGGGCGGUUAAAGUGACCAUUGCUUGUGUAUGGAUUAUCGAUAAGUGCGCUGUUGCCAUUAGUUAUUUAUAUAUUCCUGUAAAAGCGGCGGGGAUGCGAGAGAGACGCCACAGUGGCGAGGAUCGCCCGCUCUGAACCGGAGGAGUCACCGGCAGAUGAUGUCCCAAUGUGAGAGUGCUUCCAGAGGAGACGGAGGAGAGGACGAAGGAGGAUGAAGAAGGGGGGAGAGGGAUCGAGAGCGGCAGAGGUGGAAUAUAAUGAAGUUGAGUGGGAAAGGACUGUGCACCGUCUUCUCCAGCACCCUCCUCUUCGUGUGCGCCCUGAGCGAAGUUGUCGUUGGAUUAAGAUGCUUCUCGUUGGGAUCUAUGGUGAGAGCGCAUUUCCACCUCGGCGCCGCGGCCGGGGCUUUCUACUCCGGGCUACUUGUGGGGAUCGGCCAGGUGCUGCUGGGCUCCGCGCUGCUCUGUUGCGUGGACAAACCCGGCUGCAGGAAUUUCUUUCUCCUCGGUGUUGUUGUCUUCUUGUUGGGGGUCCUCACCGCCUUCUCCGGCGCGGUGGUGGACGGGGACACGGCUUCUCUGGUGGAGAGGAAAUAUACCCAUUACUGCUUCCACUCUGUGCUUGUGAACCCUGCCUGCGAGCAGCUGAGGGAUUACCAGCGGAGUCUGGUCAUCUCCACUGUUCUCAGCACCUUGGAGUGCCUCCUCGGGCUCAUCAACCUGCUGGUCAUCAAAGGGUACAAAACCGCGCAGUUUUCUAGGAACCGGCAGUCUCAGAGGCAGCGCGCCGGGGCCAUCCUGUUCAGCGAGGAGCGGGACUGCUCCUCGGCGGAUUUCCAGCCGGUGUCUUACAUCAAUCUGGGUGUUUUUAACGUGUUUGACGAGACAGGUGCAGAAGUGCAGUGCGGGGGACACCCGUCAAUCGAACUGCCGGGAUACUCGCCCACGGACCCGGAGCUCAAUCAUUGCUUCCCGUUCUCCUACCCGCUCCCCAGCGAACUGCCGCCCGCGUACGAAGACAUUUUCCCCGCUGAGGCAUGCAACACAUAGCCGCUCUGGAGCAGCCCCCCCUCUGCUGUGACAAUCAAUGACUUUGUGCUUUAAACAAUCCCCUUCUUCUUCUUAUCCACUUCCUCCUCCAACAGCAGUAAGUCACACAAGAGGACAACAGCAGUGGGUUUCCAUUCACCUGAUCCAUUCUGAUAUUUUCUUACAUCUGCCUGGUAUUGUGCAUCACCAGUCAGACUCAUGUAGAUGAUCAAAGUGAGACAGGCCCAGACAGUGCAGACAGAUCAAGGCCCAUAAACGCAACAGCUUGCUAGUAUAACAAAAAGCAGAGUUUGUGUUUUGAAUGUUUGCUGUUAACAUUUUUACUUGUGAAUAAAAAGUGUAUUUA